AUGGACAGCAUCAGGGUCCCCGCAGUCUUCUACCUGGGCGUCUGUCUGUCUGUCUUCAGUGUUGAUUGCCAGGAGCAGAUGUCACCCGAUAACAUACUCUCUUCACAAGAGGAACAAUUUCCACUGGGAUAUGUCACCAGAAAUUUGGCUGAUGUGCUCGAGGGGCUUCUAGAAGGCGGGCAGCAAGACAACAUGAUAGGUCUAUCAGUGGAGAAGAAAGCAAGUCUCAUUCCACGGUGUGAUGUUGGAGAGCGGUGCGCUAUGAAGCACGGGCCGCGCAUCGGAAGGCUUUGUGACUGUCUGCGAGGCACCGCGUGCAACACAUUCUUCCUGCGUUGUUACUGACCCCGGUCACAGACCUUUCCCCUCAGGCGCACAACAUUUCCGAGACCCAGGCUUGUGAUACGCCCAUGCACCUGUACCGUUACCAAU